CCACCCUUGAAAUGUGGACCGAGUGGUACUGGCCCGGCGAGUCAGUUUCAAACACAUUUGCUGCUGCUCGCAGUUGUGUCGUACCUCCGGCGAAUUUCGCCCUCGACGGAGAAAGGGAAAGGGCCGGCGUUUUUCUUUUAAUCGAUAUAGGUGAAGAAGUAUAUAUCUAGAACCGUUCUGCGAACUGGCCCGAAGUGGUUCUCAGAUAAAUCAGGCAAGAGUUAUAAUGGCUGACUUAAGAGGUGAUGAUCUGAAAGUGAUCUCGAAUGGUGACAUUCACCUGGACGAGAAGGCUACAAACGGUAACAAUGUGUCGGGCGGCGGCAACAAUGUAUCCAGGAAGCCCCAGGCCGCCGGCAAGGUGAAGAAACUCAAGAAAUUCGUCCUGUCCAACCUGCUGGUCAUCCUGACCGUGGCUGGGGUGAUCACCGGCGUGGUGAUCGGUCUGUCGGUGAAGAGCCUGCAGCCCAGCCGGGUCCAUGUCCUCUACUUCUCCUUCCCCGGGGAGCUGCUGCUCAGGCUGCUGAAGAUGAUCAUCAUCCCCCUGGUGGUCUGCAGCCUGGUGUCGGGCGCCGCCAGCCUGGACCCCAAAGCCCUGGGCAAGCUGGGGGGCUGGGCCAUGCUCUUCUUUUUCCUCACCACCCUCCUUGCCUCGGCCAUUGGAGUAACCAUGGCUUUCAUCAUCAAGCCGGGGGACGGCGCCAAGGCUAGCGCCCCGCUGCCGGGCUUGGAAGACUCGCUGCCAGAACCUAAAGAAAUCACCGAUUCCUUUCUGGACCUCGCCAGGAACAUCUUCCCAUCUAACCUUGUGUCAGCAGCUUUUGAGUCGUAUGCUACAAGUUACAAGGUCAUCAAAUUCUCGAAGGACAUUACUGACCAGUUUGGAAAUAUCAACAGGACCAUUGAAGAAGAAUUAAAAAUUCCUGUAGGAGGCAAUGUGGAUGGUAUGAACAUCCUGGGGCUGGUUGUCUUCGCCAUUGUCUUUGGAAUCGCUCUGCGGAAGCUCGGGCCGGAAGGGGACAACCUGAUCCGUUUCUUCAGCUCCUUCAACGAGGCCACCAUGGUCCUGGUCUCGUGGAUCAUGUGGUACGCACCUUUCGGUAUCAUGUUCCUGGUUGCCGGGAAGAUUCUGGAGAUGGAAAAUGUCCUUCUGCUCUUCACCAGUCUGGGGAAGUACAUCUGCUGCUGCAUUGUGGGGCACUUCAUUCACGGGUUAAUCGUCCUGCCCCUCAUCUACUUUAUCUUUACUCGUAAAAAUCCUUACAGAUUCUUGUGGGGCAUCUUCACAGCCCUGGCCACUGCCUUCGGAACUGCAUCCAGCUCUGCCUCACUGCCCCUCAUGAUGAAGUGCGUGGAAGAAAAUAAUGGUGUCAGUAAGCAAAUCAGCCGCUUCAUUCUGCCCAUUGGUGCAACGGUUAACAUGGAUGGUGCCGCCCUCUUCCAGUGUGUCGCUGCUGUGUUUAUCGCCCAGCUCAACAAUGUCACACUCAACUUUGUUCAGAUCAUCACGAUACUAGUAACUGCCACUGCCUCAAGCGUCGGUGCUGCUGGGAUUCCUGCAGGAGGUGUGCUGACACUGGCUAUCAUCUUGGAGGCUGUGGGGCUGCCCACACAAGAGAUCUCACUGGUCCUCGCUGUCGACUGGCUAGUGGAUCGCACUUGCACGGUCCUCAAUGUGGAAGGCGACGCUUUCGGAGCCGGGCUCCUCCAGUGUUAUGCUGACAAGCAGCAGUCUAAGCUGCAGGUGGAGGAGCUUGCAGAGGUGAAAACGGAAACAGUGGGAGUGGAAAAGUCUGAGGAGGAAGGAUCACCGCUGAUCAAGGAAGAUGUGAAAGUGACCUUGGAAACUGGGAGUAGGUCGCUGGAGAAGGAAUCGGUGAUGUGAGGCCUGGCUGUGUGGAUCAGAGCAUCCACAUAUGGACAAUUACUUCAGAAUCCCCUGCUUGGAAAAUUGGAAAGUUCUUCAGCCUCUAGCCCUCUUCCUUUCACAUGAACUUGUGGAAGUUUGAAGAGCGUGACUGGGGAGAAUAAGGUUUUCUUUUGAGAAGUCAAUGACAAUACCUAGCAUUAUUUUCUCCAUCAUUGUCACUCUACGCCACCUACCUAUCCUUUGGCCUAGAAAUCCAUAAUGUGCCUGAGGUCUGGUGGUUUAUGAAUUCCAAAAUUUCAUGAUCAACUGCAAGGGAUUCUGACAAGCAUCUGCUUUGACAUCUUUGGACAGUUUUGAUCUUUGUCUCCAAAAAAAAAGAAACCAACAGUGUAUUAGAAGUGGCUUGUAGUUCCACUGUAUCUUGACAGUGCCUUCAGCAGGAGUGCAUUUGUCUCUGGGUUUUAUGGUGCCUCUGGAAGUUCCUCUCUCUUAUAUGUUGUCACAGCUGUGCUGUGGCUUACUGUUGUGGGCUUUUCCUUGUAUUGCUAGUGUCUGUGCUUCUCUUUUAAUUAUCAUAGAAAGGAGGAGGUGGGGAGAACAAUUAAUACUCAGAAUGACCAGUCUGUAUCCCCCUUCUUCCUUUCGUAAGGGACUUUCUUUGUGGAGGAGAGGGCAGGAAGAAAAGGAAGACAAAGUCAAAGCGGGGGACGGGGGAAUAAAACAAAUACUUGCAUUUAUACAGUGCCUUUAUUAUGGUAUCUUUUGAAGUGUCACACACUGGACUAUUUUGGAAUCCAGUGGACUGUUAUGUGGGUGAAUGGGUAGUCACUGCGUGGAUGUCACCAGGCAGUCUUUAGAAACAGUUCAGCUGAACAUCCUGAGUUGGUCAUGCUCCCACUCUGAGUCAGAAGGAAUGGGUUCAAGUCCCACUCCAGACACUUGUGGGCAGAGUGUCUAGGCUGACACACUCCAAUGCCAGGCCUGAGAGAAGUGCUAUACUGCUUGAGAUGUCAUUCUUUUUGUACCCAUCUUUUCUAAACCCAGACCCUGUCUACCCUCUCAAGUGGAUGUAAAAGAUUCCAAGUCACUACCUCAAAGAAAAGCCCAAGGAGUUCUUCUCAGUGCCCUGGCCACUAUUUAUCCCUUAGGCAACAUCUUCAAAACAGAUGAUCUGGUCGUUUACCACACUGUUGUUUGUAGGAGCUUGCUGUGCAUAAAUUGGCUGCUACAUUUGCUACAGUACAACAGUGAUGAUACUUCAAAAGUACUCCAUUGGCAGUCAAACACCUUGGGACAUCCUGAGGCUGUGAGAGAUACUAUAUAAAUGCAGGUUCUUUAUUUUCGCAGGCUUCGGGUCGGGGAGAGAGGGCAAGGGGGGGUGGUUUGGGCAGAGGGUAUUUAUUGUUCUUUUAACAUCACAUUGUCAACUUGGGAGUUUAGUUGGAACAAGCCCUCUCCUUUAAGGAUCUAUUAUAAUUAUUGCAGUGACAACGAAAGAUGCAGAAAACACAACAAAACGGGGCAAGGAGUAGAGGGUGGAGGGAGAAAUGAUAAAACUUGAAAACUUGGAAUUGCUCUGAAAUCUAUUCUAGCUGUUCAUUACUAGUGUUUUCGAAAAGAAUUGUGGGUUAUUUUUAUUAAUUUUGUUUUCCUUGAACAGUUUUGUUCUUGAGUUAUAAAAAUAUUGGAGAUUGGAAAAAAAUCUCUUGACCAGAUGGGGUGAAUUGGCAGCAGUAAGUCAUGUGAUGAGAUGUGUCCAUGCAGAGUUGGCAACCUGAGAUUCAGGGCCAAGUCUCCCCCAAUGUCUCCACCGAGUUUGGUCAGCACUUGAAAGGCAGGGAGCACACGUUUCAGGUCUGUCAGUCUCUGGUACUGAGGCCCAUUAACCCCUCUCUGUUGCUGACCUGCCCAAUUUCCAAAAUUUUCUAUUUUUUUGUCUUUUUGCAGCGGUGGGGUGGGGGAGGGGGAGAGAUCCUGUUCUUUCUGUCCGCCUUCGUCCCAACACACAACAUUUUUACUAAUGUUGCCGCCUUCCUCUCCCCACUCUGCUCUCCCUCCCUGCCCCGGACCUUCAUUAGGACUCGUUUUAUAACUGGCUGAUCCCCUUCCCUGGGAUCCUGGGAAUUUCCCGCACGUUUUAGGAGACUGGGAAAAGGCUUUGAACGUUUUAAGCCAAUUCUCCUUUAAACUGGCACACACCAGCAAGGAGGAAAAUUGGGAUCUAUUUAAAGGAAUAAACAUUACAUUGCAAAGCACGAGCAAGUGUGUGAGUCGUCUGCCGAUGGACAGACUGGCAUGCGUAUGUUGUAGAUGUGAGGAUUAUUUUUCUUGACCUAUGAAAGUAAAUGUCUUGAAGCACAAAAGAAAAUUAAGUCAAGGCUGUCCAUUUGUGGUUUUGGCUGAAAAAUGGACCAAUCAAAAAUCAAGAGCUAGAGGAAUGCUGACUUUUAUUGUAUCUAAAGGACUAGAAUACAAGGGGGGUAGGAGUUAUGCUAUUUAUAUGAAGCCUUGGUUAGACCAAAUCUGGAGAUGCUACGAGCAGUUCUGGGCACCAGACCUUAAGCUCGAGGUAUAUAUUGGCCUUAGCAGGAGUGCAGAGUAGGGUUACCAGAAUGAUGGCAGCUGUCGAGAGACAAACUUGACAUUUCGGAUAUGUGACCUCUUCAUCAGAACUGAUGAAAGGUCACAGACCUGAAACAGGAACUCCGUUUCUCUGUCCACAGGUGCUGCCUGACCAGCUGGGUAUUUUCAGCAUUCCCUGUUCUUAUUUCAGAUUUCCAGCUUUGUGGUAUUUUGCUUCUGUUUUACCAGGAUGACAUCUGGACUGCGAGGGUUAAGUUGAGGACCGAUGGCACAAACUGGGGUUGUACUUUGUAGAAUUUAAGAAGUUGAAGAGAUAAUUUGAUCAAUGCUUUUAAGAUAUUAAGGGGACAAAUAGGCUCGAUGAAGAGUCUGGGACUAGAUUGGGGAGAGGGGCAUUGUCUAGAAACUAGAGCCAGACUUUUCAACAGUAAAAUUAGGAAACACACCUCCACACAGUGUGGUAGAAAUUUAAACUUCUAUUUUGCAAACACCAACUGAUUGAUAGAAAAAUUGUGAAUUUUAAAUCUAAGUAAUUGUUUUUUAACCAAAGGUAUUAAGGAAAGUCAGGCAAAGAUUACAGAGUUAUGUCAGAGAUCAGCUAUAGUCUCAUUAAAUGACCUACACCUGUCUCUAUAGCAUCAUUCCACAGAGACAAUCCCACAUCAUGUAGCAUGAAAGGAGGCCAUUUGGCCCAUAAUGUCUCUGCUAGCUCUUUGAAACAAUUAUCCAAGUAAUCCCACGCCCCUCAAGUUUUCCACAUGGCCUUGCAAUAUUUUCUCUUUUCCAGCAUUUAUCCAAUUCCCUUAAGAAACAAAAUGACAAUUUAACUUAUUCACUCACUGGAACUCAACAAUGUGAACCCAUUAAGGUUGGCUUAUUUCAAAUAUGGGUUGUCUCAGGAGAGAGCACAUUGAGCUGUUUAAUACUGUCACUGUAUAACAUGGAUAUAGCACUGAUGGGUACAGGUUUGUCAUUAUAACACUGGGAUACAUGUCUGCCACUGUUAACACGGGUACAGUACUUGUACAUUUCAGUCACUAUAUAACAUUGGGGUACAGGUCUAUCACUAUACCACUAGGGUAUAGGACUGGGAGGUACAAGUCUAUCUUUAUAUAAAACUGGGGUACAGUACAGGGGUUACAGGUCUGUUGCUGUAUAACACUAGUACAAUGUUACUAAUAUGAAUAAUAGACGGCUUAUACUUAAAAUGUGCUUACUGCUGCAACCAUGUAGUUCCUUGCCAUCAGUGACAGGCUCACUCUGAGGUUUUGAGCUGCUAUUGGAACUUUUAAGCCUAUCUAGACAGAACAGGAUCCCCCCCUUGUAUCCAUUGCACACAGUCUUCCAAGAAGUCUUUGAAGAGGUCAUUUUAAGGGGUACAGUAACAUUGUGGUUAUGUUACUGGUGUAGUAAUCCAGAGAUCUGGAUUAUGAUAUGGGACACGAGUUCAAAUCCCACCAUGCCAGCAGAAGAAUUUAAAUUCUUUAAUUAAAUAAAACGGGAAUAAAAAGCUAGCAUUAAUAAUGGAGGCCAUGAAACUACUAGAUUGUUGUAGGGAGCCAUCUAGUUCACUAAUGCCCUCCUGGCAAGGAAAUCUGCUGUCCUUGCCCACUGGCCGAUAUGUGAUUCCAGAUCCACAGAAAUGUGAUUGACUUUUUAACUUGCCCUCUGAAAUGACCCAACGAGCUAUUGAGAUGUAUUCAAGAAGGCGGCUCACCACCAUCCUCUCGAGGGCAAUUAGGACUGGGAAAUAAAUGCUGGCCUUGCCAGAGAUGCCCACAUUCCAUGAAUGAAUUAAAAGAAAGAUCUAUUGAGGUUGUGGGAUCACCGUGUGGGGAACACAUCUUGGGAACCAAGCAACGCGGCUGAAAGUAUCACACAUUAAAUAUAUCAGGGCAAUGAAAUUGCCUCAAUGACGACACGCAUUGCAUGUUAUGCGAACACAAAAUGCACAGACUCCUCUCCCUCCUCAGAUCCUGAUACUUGUUAUAAACACACAAAAUGCUGGAGAAUCUCUGGAGAGGGAGCCAUAGUUGACAUUUCGUGUCACUGCUUUUUCGUUAGAACUGAAAGAAGUUGGAGCUUUUAACAGGUUUUGAGCAUCGCAGGGAAAGGGGAAGAAAGAUCACCAGAGAAGGUUUGUGAUGCAAUGGCAGAAAUUAAAUGACAAAAGGCAUGAUGGUGCAAGGCAGAAGAUGGAUGGUAAUGGGAUAAGUAAAUAAAAAAAUGAGUCUAGAGGAGGUAUAAAUGGCAACAACAGAGCCAUUACCAGUAGCUACUAUCUGAAACAGUGGGAGCAGUGGAUAUGAUUGUAAAUGGUUGAAGUCAUUGUUGACUCCAGAAGGCUAUAAAGCGAUUUGAAACUUAUCAUACAGUUGCUAACUGUGUAUAGACUAAUGCAAGAGUGUCUAAACUAAGGCUAAUGGGCACCAUCCAGUCAUCAAAUAUUGACAACAUGGCUCAUGAGGUGCAGCAUUUUUUAUUUCCUCAUUGGAUGUUGGUGUAACUGGCAAGGUCAGCAUUUGUUACCCAUUCCUAAUUGCCCUUGAAGAGGUGGCAGUGAGCAGUCACCUGGAAACAAUGCAGUCUGUAUGGUGUAGGUACACCCACAGUGCAUCUCAGCCUCUGUGAUUUUGUGCUGUUUCAAUUUUGGGGAGCGUGGAGGUUUUUUCCCCCUGUAUUGGUCCUUGGAUUUUCUCUCUUUGCCUUCACAACAACAGUUUGAGCUUCUGGGAAUUAUGGGGAGCAGGGAUUCUUGUGGCCCUAGAGGCUCGAAGGUACAAACUUAUCAGUCCAUGUCGACCAAAGGCUUUGGAUGCUUCUAAGUUUAGGCCUAAGGUGUGGGUACAUUGACUCCACUAGGGGGCAAUAUAUCCUUCACAACUGGGCGUAAUAAUGAUCAGCGCUUUCAUGUUUUGCGCUUUUUAAAAUGCAGUUGUAUUUCUGUUUUCCUGUGUGCAUUUGUGCCUUGUACAUUAUAAAUUUCCAUUUUGUGACUGUGUAGCAACUCCCCAUGUGUCAGAUACUGAUUUGACUGGCGUUUAGAAAGGUAGUGUGUCCCUCUCUUUUGUAUUCGGGCCAAUUGUAUUUUGUGUGUGUGUGUGUGAAUGUAUUUUUAAAUGUUAUAAUUGUGCAAAGAUAUGAUUGGGCAGCCUUUCUGACCCCUCCCCACUCUGAGUAUGAAAAUGGACUGGAGGCUGGGGUGGAGUCAAGGCUUAGGCUCAGAAGUUUGUUUUGGCAAUAUGGACAAUUCAUCAAAAGCCUGGACAAUAAAAAUGCCUCCACCAAUCAAA